AAGGAAAAAGAAAAAACAACUUGAUGGAGAAGUAAGGUCGAAGAACAAAAUCCCCCCAACAUCAAAAUCCAGUUCUUCUAUUCUCCGGCAAUCCCUCCUCUUUCACGCUCGUUUCUGAAUAUUGAUCUGGUUUCUUUGGAUCAUCUUCUCACAGCCAUGGAUCUUAACAUGGAUCUCAAUGCUCCUCACUCCAUGGGUACUACCAUCAUCGGCGUCACUUACAACGGCGGUGUUGUCCUUGGCGCCGAUUCUCGUACCAGCACCGGUGUCUAUGUGGCUAAUCGUGCAUCGGACAAGAUUACGAAACUUACUGACAACGUCUAUGUUUGUCGGUCUGGCUCGGCUGCAGAUUCUCAAAUUGUCUCUGAUUAUGUGCGCCAUUUCCUUCAUCAGCAUACGAUACAGCUUGGCCAGCCUGCGACUGUUAAAGUAGCUGCAAACCUUGUUAGGCUAUUAGCAUAUAACAACAAGGAUAUGUUGCAAACUGGCCUUAUUGUUGGUGGAUGGGACAAGUAUGAAGGUGGUCGAAUCUAUGGUAUUCCUCUUGGUGGAACAAUAAUAGAGCAGCCAUUUGCUAUUGGAGGAUCUGGUUCCAGUUACUUGUAUGGAUUUUUUGAUCAAGCCUGGAAAGAAGGAAUGACCAGAGACGAAGCUGAGCAAUUGGUGGUUAAGGCCGUUUCUCUUGCCAUUGCCCGAGACGGUGCCAGUGGUGGCGUUGUCCGUACUGUUACUAUAAAUUCCGAGGGAGUGACAAGAAAAUUCUAUCCUGGAGAUCAGCUACCACUGUGGCAUGAAGAAUUAGAGCCUAAGAAUUCAUUGCUGGAUGCUCUGAAUGCGUCGAGUCCCGAGCCGAUGAACAUAUAAAUGGUGAUAUGCAGCAGCAGCAGCAGGGAUCUUUGCCAAAAGUUCUGGUGGUAGUUGUUAUCUGGUUAGGCUAUUUCACUACAUUCCUGCGGAAUAGGAGACUACUUAAUUGGAUCUGUUCCUCCUUCCCCAUUAUCUCUUUGUAAACCUGAUUAUGUUUUAUUUUUGUAUGAAUUUUGGAUGUACAAUCGUUGAAUUUACUCCUGGUAUCAUAAUAUUCUUGGCAUUGUUGGAUGGUUA